AUGAAGGUGGUGCCACCAAACGUUGCCAUUGCAAUGGCAAUCUUAUUAUUAUUAUCAAACAUAAAUGUUGUUUUUGGGAUAAGAUUUGUAAUUGAUAGAGAAGAUUGUUUCUCCCAUUAUGUUCAAUAUGAAGGGGAUACAGUGCAUGCUUCAUUUGUUGUCAUAAACACUGCUGAUCCAUCAUGGCAAUUAACUCAAGAAGGUUUGGAUCUUGUGGUUAAAGGACCUUCUGGUGAACAAGUUCGAGAUUUUCGCGAUAAGACAAGUGAAAAAUUUGACUUUGUAGCUCGAACUAGAGGAGCCUAUCGGUUUUGCUUCACUAACAAGUCACCUUAUCGUGAAAAAGUAGAUUUCGAUGUUCAUUCUAACCAUUUUUCAACCUUUGAUCAACAUGCACAAAAUGAACAUUUUACUCCUUUGUUAGAACAAAUAAUAAAGUUAGAAGAAGCUCUUUUCAAUAUUCAGUACGAACAACAUUGGCUUGAGGCUCAGACAGAACGUCAAGCAAUAGUAAACAAUGCAAUGAGUUCAAGAGCAAUUCACAAGGCAUUACUUGAAUCCGCAGCACUAAUUGGUGCAAGCACCCUCCAAGUUUAUCUUCUUCGCCGCCUCUUCGAAAGAAAGCUUGGCAUGUAG